AUGCCCUACCUGGGGUCCACUGAAAGGCCACUCGCCACCGAUGGCGCAUUUUUAAGAUCACAGACCUCCCUGCGAGCUGUUUUCAUGAUUGACAGCAAGUUCAUAUCCUUCAUGGUUGCGAACCUGUCGAGCAAGAGACUGGGACUAAUCCCAGUACCUGCCUUGAGGGAUCAGACAGCGAUUGAAACGGGUGAAUCGAGCCUUGACCAUCUGGGUCCCGGACCAACGCUGUUUCUCCAAGCGGAACAACGGCUAAUGGCCCGCAGAAAGACUUGGAAAGGAAAUAUAAUGGUCAAACCCAUGAUUCGCACGCACUAUGAUCCUCAGCGUACCACCGCAAAAUGGUAUUACCUCUACCAACUAGGGUAUCCGAAAAUGAACUGUUCGCUUGAGAUGGAAAUGGUUCGAAGAGAAGAUUCUGCAGACAAUAGGCACACCGGGCUUGUCGUGUCGGAUGAUACGCGUGAAUGCAGCACGCUGUGCUUCUUCUGCUACAGUUUCUUACCUAUCAUGGAACAAGAACCUCCGACCACUCGCUGGCAGCGGGGGCAGCGCUUUCCUGGCGCCGUGUUUCCACAUGCUCACCUCCCUCAGUAUGGACAUAGAUAUACGACAGCGCAGUGA